ACUUUUCAUAUUUUGGACAAGAGACUGAAAUUUGCGCAAACAUCCAUCGAUUGGCUCGGGGACUGACUGAAAGGACUGGGUGUAGCGGAUUUGCGGUUCGUCGAGUGGAGAAAUGAAGGGACUCUGGGUGUUGGCCGUCCUCUGUGUGAGACUCUCGUUGGCUGGACUGUACGACGGCAAAGGCGAUGUCAAGGUCCUCAGGGACCCAGAGUUCACGCAGCAGGUCAAGAAGCGCGUUUCAAUCGUUGAGUUUUACGCCGACUGGUGCGGGCAUUGCAAGGAGUUUUCUAAAGUCUACAAGGAGGUUUCCAAGGUGCUAAAGGGUGUGAUUCCGGUUAUCGCCGUGAAUGACGAAUCCUUGGCUCAGAAAUAUUCGGUAAAGGGGUACCCUACGGUCAAGGUGUUUAUUCCAAACGGUACCAACAACCCUGAUGUCGUGGAUUACAACGAAGCCAGAAGUCUGGAACCGCUUGUUGCAUUCGCAAUGAAGAGGUUGAACAAGUAUGUCAAGGACAAAGUGUCUAAAGCUACUCCGAAACCAAAGACUAGCACAAACGAAGUCCCUGGGAGCGUUGUACAGCUUACGAGCGAUAAUUUUAAAAGGACAGUUUUGGAAGACUCGAAUACGCAGUGGCUCGUGAUGUUUUAUGCUCCGUGGUGUGGUCACUGCAAACAGCUUGAGCCAGAGUGGGUGAGAAUGGCAAAAAAUAGUGGCUCUGUAAAGGUUGGCAAGGUGGAUUGUACCGUUGAGACAUCCCUGGCUUCGCAGUACAACAUCAAGGGCUUCCCUACCAUCAUCCUGUUCCCUCAGGGAGGGAAACCGAUAAACUAUGAAGGCGCACGAAAGGCAGAUGAUAUCUUGUCGUUUGCAAAGAGGCACUACAAGAAUGUCGGACCCCCAAAGAGAGUCAGCAAGGUCUCGGAUCUCAAGGCCAAUUGCAGCGGACCGCUUUGCCUCUUGUUCUUUCUCAACAAGGAUGCGGAGUCGCAACUCGACACCAUUGCAAAUGUUAGACAAAAGAGUCCAAACACGCCAUUUCCGUUUGUCUAUACCACGGAGGGAAGUAACCCGCAGUGGGAAGGAGUCUUUAGACUUGGGACGUUUCCGACGCUUGUCGGAUUGAAUUUGGCCAAGGGUGUCUUUGUACACAUGAAGACGGCCUUUUCAGAGGCGUCUGUUAGCGCAUUUGUGAAUUCGAUAACUAGUGGAAAGGCGUACGCAGAGCGUCUGUCUGAGGAUCUUGUUGACGAGGAUGUUGUUAGAACUGAACUGUAA